AUGCUUUUUACUUCCAGAAAGAAGAAAUUGAAAUUAUUAACCAGGGGAGAUAAAAUACCAAAAAAAUUACGCACUCAUGCCUCUGCGUCCAUCUGGUUACCACCUUGGCUCAUUCAUCAAAUGAAUGUUUACAUUUGGUAUUCAACAAAAGCUUCUCCUCAAAUUCCUUAUGUACCAUUUGGAAAAAGUGCAACACAAGGAUGGAGUUUUAUUAUGUUGACAGGGAAAGAUCCGCCAUUCUUGAUAGCGAAGAAUAAUUUUGAUGUUCCUACGUCUAUGAAUGAGUCAUUACAGAAAAAGUACUUAAAAAACUGCUCAAUUUUUUUUGCUUCACCUGACAUUAAGGAUUUAAAAAGACAGAAGAUGAAAUGUGAAAUGUUAAUAACCAAAUACCAAAAAGUAAACAACAGUCGUAAAAGUGUAAAGAUAAUUAGUUUCUGCGAAAGGCAUUCAUUUUUAUUAAAAACAGUUUAA